UUUUCUUUUUUUUUUUUAAAGAAAUAUAUCACAGUUAAAUUAGUUUAGACAGCAUGACAUCAGAGAGUAAUUAAAUAGGUUUGUUGGAAUUCCGUUUCCAAUUCCUGAGUUCAGGUUUGUAAAAGAUUUCUGAGCACCUGCAGGUCUCUGUGUGUGAAAUAUUUUCACUGGAAAGGAUUCAAAACUUUAAAAAAACCCUUUAACACAGAGGCAGCAUUACGCCAUUCUUCCUUCUUGGAAAAAAAAAAAAACAAACACACAAAAAAAAACAACCCUUGGAUUUAAACAGGACUCCUUCAAGUUUUCAGUCAGUUUUACAGAAGAAAACGAGGUGGUAAACUUUCUCUUUUCAAGAACAAGUUCUUUAUAGCUGCUCACUGAAGUCAGGGGAGAGCGUAUCUGAGUACAUGAGCAUUUCCACUAUGGGACUGGAUACAAGUAUUGAACAAGGAGAUUUGAAAUGUUUUAAUCUCAAACGAAACCCAUUUUUGCUGACUUUGGUUUUUAAUUUCUUUCAUGUUUUCUUCUGCCAAACUGGAGGAACCUUUCCUGAUUUUUUCUUUAGUGGGAUUCAGAGGAAGACCAGAGGAUGAAAAUCCUGCAUUUUCUCACUUUACUGCUUUGGCAUUUGACUUGGCUGUCUCUGGAUCUAGUUCCUGGAGCGCUGAGCAAUUCUGAAGCAGGCCAGAGUAAUCCAGGAUCUAAACUAGGUUUCUUAAAAGCAGAAGGAAAAGAGAGGAAUCCCUCAGCACGGGCAGGUACACUGAGGACUGCAAGCCAUGGAUACAGUGCCGGGACCUCAAAGGCCAGGACUAAAAGCAGUGCUGGUCAGGCUGGAGCUCUGCUGGCCAAGAACGAGGAAUCAAAGAAGGUUCUCUCAAGAACAGCAGCCACGGAGGGCAAAGUAGGACAUCUCCCCAGCAGACCUUCUGGAGUAAGGACAGUGACUCCAAAGGCUCAGAAUCUUAGCAGCAAGGUGGCUUUGAAAAAAACGGGCACCAGCAGUGCUGACACUGAAUCUUUCAAAACCAAAAAGACUAAAGAGCCUGUAAGCCAGAGGGAGACUAAGGAGACUUUCAGGCACCCCCCUAUAACGCCACACGAAUACAUGCUCUCUUUGUACAGGACUCUCUCAGAUGCAGAAAGAAAAGGUGUUAAUGGAAGUGUAAAACUAGAGGCUGGACUUGCCAAUACAAUAACCAGCUUCAUAGACAAAGGACAAGAUGAGCGAGCGCCAACUGUAAGGAAACAGAAAUACAUUUUUGACAUCAGUGCUUUAGAAAAAGAUGGUUUGCUGGGAGCAGAGCUUCGAAUAUUGAGGAAAAAGCCUUCUGAUACAUGGAAGUCUCAUUCUUCUGGAAAAACUUCCCAAGUGAAAUUAUUCAGUUGCUCUACAAACAGACAAGCAGCAACACUCCUGGACUCUCGUACUGUCAGUAUCACAGAUACGCCAAAGUGGGAAGUAUUUGACAUCUGGAAACUUUUCAGGAACUUUAAAAACUUGGUUAACUUGUGUUUUGAACUGGAAACUUUUGACAGGGGGAGAGCCAUUGAUCUCAGGAGCGUGGGAUUUAACAGGACAGGAAGACAGGUCAAUGAAAAGGCUCUCUUCUUGGUGUUCGGGAGGACGAAAAAAAGAGACUUAUUCUUCAAUGAGAUCAAAGCAAGAUCCGGCCAAGAUGACAAAACUGUUUAUGAGUACCUGUUCAACCAGAGGAGGAAGAGAAGAGCUCCUCUAGCAACUCGACAAGGGAAGAGGCCCACUAAGAAUCUGAAGGCAAGGUGUAGCAGAAAAGCCCUUCACGUGAAUUUUAAGGAUAUGGGCUGGGAUGACUGGAUAAUAGCCCCCCUGGAGUACGAAGCGUAUCACUGCGAGGGGCUCUGUGAAUUCCCCCUUCGAUCCCACCUGGAGCCCACCAAUCAUGCAGUGAUCCAAACACUCAUGAACUCAAUGGACCCAGAAUCGACCCCCCCCACUUGCUGUGUCCCCACCAGGCUGAGCCCCAUCAGCAUCCUUUUCAUUGACUCUGCAAACAACGUGGUCUACAAGCAGUACGAGGACAUGGUGGUGGAGUCCUGUGGCUGCAGGUAGCAGAGCAGCUGCCCGUGUCAACAUGUUCUGAGGGUGAUCUGACACAUUGAGCAUAACCUCUCCUCAAAGUUCACUAGCUUUCUUACCCCCAGGGUAAGUAUGUUUACAAGGAUGUAGCAAUAAAUCCAGUGCUUCUCUGUGUCUCUCCACCACGGGCAUAUUUCAGUAGCACUUGGAUGCUGUCAUGCAGCCCGGUGUCAGCGACACGAGACUGGCUCUGACUGAACUCCAUGACUGAGAAGACUGUACCUUCACACCUCUAGGUCACCUGCUUUUAGCCUCAAGGCAGUGGGUAAAGAUGGUGUCAGUGAGCUGUGGAUAUGACCUCUCUGAUCCUUUGAACAAUGUUCUUGAGACUGAGUCCCACGUGCUUCGUCCAGUAAGAGAUGUAAGAACAAGAGGCCUGAUGUCUGGAAGAGAAGGUUGUGUCCUGGUGUGCACCCAGCUUGGUGUAAAUAGUUACACUGUAAUAUGAUUGCUUUCUGAUUAGCUCCUGAAACUAUGCAUAUAUUAAAAAGGAGUCAUUAAAUAUAAUAUGUUGAUUUAGUUUUAAGUUUUAUGUGGAGAUAGGUGAAGCAGGAGGUUAUUUGCUUCCAUGUAUGUUUUUCUCCAAGCUACAUAUCUUUCUUAAGUAUCCACCUUGCCAUUAUUAUGUAGCAAGAUGUAUUACUCUGUAUAAGGUCCAAGUUGUUCUCAAAUGCUCAUAGUAAAAGUGUUCAAUUAUGGCAUAAGAUGUAAUAAAUUAUUGACACAGUGCUACAUUGUGUCCAGCUGUCCCACACUGCAUAAUUAUAAUGCUAUUAAGAGAUUGUGUUUAAUGUUUUUGUACAAUAAAUGCAAGUGAAAGGG